GUUACUAUGGAUACUGGCCGGGGUGGAGCUUCGAGGAGGCGGAAGUGUUAACGCAGGCGGAAGUGGUACUGCCCUGAAUUCCCUGAGCAGCGAAACGGAGGACGGAUUGAUACUCCAAGCAUUUAGAUCACAAGUAGGAUUCGAAAUAUAUUUAAAUUAUCAACAUGGACAAGAGUGACCUAGUGCAGAAGGCUAAGCUGGCCGAACAGGCUGAGCGCUAUGAUGACAUGGCUGCCUCUAUGAAGGCAGUCACUGAAGGUGGAGGUGAGCUGUCCAAUGAGGAGCGCAAUCUGCUGUCAGUGGCCUACAAGAACGUGGUGGGGGCUCGCCGCUCCUCCUGGCGUGUCAUCUCCAGCAUUGAGCAAAAGACCGAGGGCAACGAAAAGAAGCAGCAGAUGGCCCGUGAAUAUCGUGAGAAAAUUGAGUCCGAGCUGAAAGAUAUCUGCAAGGAUGUUCUGAAACUUCUUGAUGAUUACCUCAUACCCAAUGCUAGCCAGCCAGAAAGCAAAGUCUUCUACCUGAAAAUGAAGGGAGACUACUACAGAUACUUAUCUGAAGUGGCAUCUAGCAGUGAUAAAAGCGAUACGGUGGCAUCCUCUUCUAACGCCUACCAGGUAGCAUUUGACAUCAGCAAGACAGACAUGCAACCUACACACCCCAUCAGGCUGGGGCUCGCUCUCAACUUUUCUGUGUUUUACUAUGAAAUUCAAAACGAACCGCAGAAGGCCUGCGGUUUGGCAAAGACAGCUUUUGAUGAAGCAAUCGCUGAGCUCGACACUUUGAAUGAGGACUCUUACAAAGACAGCACCCUGAUCAUGCAGCUACUAAGGGACAACCUUACUCUGUGGACAUCAGAAACCCAGGGGGAUGAAGCAGAUGCUGGAGAGGGCGAGAAUUAAAAGCAUUGCACUUCACUGUUUAAAUCCAGCCACACUCUUGAUCUUACACAUACAGCCCCUAGUUCCCUACUCCAUCCACGUCACCCUAACUUGCCUUUCUGUAUGAUGAGCAGCAUGAAUUGUAUCUGAAAUACAAGUCUCUGCCUCUCUGAGAUCAAGGCACAGGGUAACAUUUGGUUCUUUAAUGGACAAGAUGUUUUGAACAUGUGUUUGGAUGUCUUGAGGGAGGGGAGGGUUGUUGAAUAUGGGGCUAUUGUGGCCUAAUACUGCUCACUUUUUUUUAAGGUAAUUGUUCGUUAUCAGGUAAUGCAUUAUAAUGUCUUUCACUUCUCUCUAUCCUCAGUGAUUUUAUCAAAAAAAGGUUAUUAAACUGUCAAUUUAAUUUAAUAAUCACUGUGAUGUGAAUUCCCUACCCCUCCCUACUUUCUGGCUAAAAUUGGAAAUAUUUUUAUUGGAAUGAGCAGUACAAUUCUGUUGCAACUCAUACAGAAAGGAGGUAAACAGGCUGUAUUGUGACACUGACUAACAUGCAUUACUGUUGUCAUGCAAUGUUUAUAAUUUUUACUUUGCAUGAGUCUAAGAAUAAAAAUUAAAGGGACCUGAGGUUGUCAUUCCAGUUGUUCUCAAAUUUAACCUAGAGCUUAAACAUUCCAUCAGUAGGUAAUAUUAGACUUUUUCCAUGAAACUGCAGUGUUUGUCUUGGUGAUCUGUAAAAGAGCAGUUAGGUGGUGCUGUUUAACACCAGUAAAAUGUUCUUGACGUUACUCUGUCCCACUUUUUGUUGUUGUUUACCAUUGAACACACACUAUACAGUUACAUGUUGUUAAAAGUCUUUAAUUGAAAUGUAAUCCUACUUUUAAAAAAAAACAAACAAAAAAAAAAAAACAUUUAAAGCAGUUUAACCUUCUAAAUAAAUUGUUCCUACUGUUAUUUCGUUAUUUCUCCCCCCAAAAGUUUAUUGAUUCACUUCUGGCCAUUAUAGAUCUUUUCUAGUUCUGAUUUGACUGAGCUUUUUAAUAUUAUUUGUUGCAGAGCAUUUGUUCUGUUUCUUUCUUGGCCAAUGAUUACUUAGCCCUGGAAUAAAUUACAGUCUCUAUGGUAAACAUGGGAACAAAUACACUGAGCUUUCAGCUGUUUCUUGAAUCUUUUUUUUUUUUUCUUUUUUCAUUUGCCAGAUUUUUCUGCUAAAAUAUAAGUUCUGUUUUAAACAAUUGAGGGUACAAUUGCUCAUUAAACUGGAGGAUUUUGAAGGGAUUAGGCGAGGUCUCAUUCAGUGUCACAAUACCUUGUCACAUCAUUAACAUUCUACUUGGGUGUAGAACUCCUGUCUUCAACUGAAGACAAUGUUCAUGCACUGAAGUAAACGCGCGUCUCCCCAUAGCUGAACAAACAGCAGUUAUUCUAUGCUUGAGGAAAAAAAAAAAAAGUACAGUAGUGAAUGUGGAGCCGAGCCUGUCUGUAUAUCUGGUAUCUCCGAUCGCUUUUGUUUUUACUGACCAGUAUUCUGCCUCCAGUUAGCUUUUGUGAUGGUUUUAUCGCUUUAGCGCGCACGUGGUUGUGAAAAAUUUAGACUAGCUUAAGUCCCGAAAAAAAAAAAGAAAAAAAAAUCCUAGUACAACCCUGGUUAUCGAUGUAAUACUAGAUUUGUGUAUGUCUUUUAAACAGUUCUAGUUUCACCUUACAUGUUAUAAUCAGGAAAAGUGUAAACAAUUUAAAGUGAAAUAAAAGUUUUAUCGGUUCCAAAUUUA